AUGACGUGGCCAUCAUUUUUAAUGUGAACAGCUUCGGACUGGAGAUCUCUAAAUAAGGAGUGUCUUGUGGGAGAGAAGGAGCAAUCAAAUGUAUGAAAGGGACUUCCCGUUCAUGCCCUUCCCGUAUGAAAGCAAUCUGAUAAAUCCACCCAGUCCCCAGGAUUCGUAAUGCAGCGGUUAGUAAGGAUUGCGAGGCUAUCCCGUUCAUCUGCACCUUACUUCUGUGGUUAUGCAUCUUCUUCUAAAUCCACGGCGGCAAAACAGUGUCGUUCUGUUUCAAUUCUCCGAGAAAAUUCCUAUAAGUUGCAGAAAAAGGCCAUUCCUGGAGAUUUUUUGAAAUGGAGUUCGCUUGGUUUCUGUAGAACAUCGAGAUUCGCUACUGGGUUCAAUCCAUUGCAUCCGAAGACACUUGACUCAAUUAUGGACGUCGAGAGGGCAAAGACCAAAUCUGCUGAGGAACUUUCUGAUAUAUGGAGUGAUUACCACUUGGGAAGAGGUCAUAUUGGUGCAUCAAUGAAAGCAAGUUUAUACUAUCUGUUGGAGCAAAGAUCUCAAAAUUGCCGGUAUUUUGUGAUCCCACUAUGGAGAGGGAAUGGCUACUCGACAAUGUUCGUACAAGGUCAGAACUAUGGAACAUAUCUUGUUUAUUAUUCAAUAGGACCCUAAAUUAAUAGUGAUGUUUGAGUAAGGUAUAAGUUGGUAGAUAAGCCUUUUCAUUUAUUUAAGAUUCUUUGAGCCUUCCCUUUGCCAGUAAUGUCUUGACAUUUUUAUUUUCUGUAUGGUCAAACAUCAUUAGGAGUGUGAGCUUUUCAAUAACAAUCAAUAUAUCUAGUGUCUAUCAGUAGCAUGUGUUUCUUUAAAGAUGUAAAGAUUCAAUCAUAGGGAAAUUGCCCGAAAUAAGAGUAAAAACGUUUGUGUAUUCCAAAAUAGGACUAUCAUGUUUUUAUUACCUAAAUAAGAGUAAUAACUGUCAUGUUUUGGCAGUACCAGACUUUAAACAUGACAAUAUUUUCUAAGUUUGACGGUAAUUAUUCCUAUUUAGUGAAUAAAAAUAUGACAGUUCUAUUUUGGAAUUCUCAAGCGUUUUUACUCCUAUUUCAGGAAUUUCCCCAUCAAUCAUAUCAAGUAUGUUUGAUGGUCCAUUACUCCUGAGUCCUUCGACUUGUCUGUUCUUUAGCACCAAAUCGCAGAGAGUAUACCCGCUAAGCUUACCCAACAAAAACAUCUUACUUAAAUGCUUCAUCCAACUUUACAUGGGCAUGAGCAUAGUCACAUGGUUCGCGGUACGGUUCGAUACGGGAACGAGGAACGGGAACGCGGUUCGCUAGAUCUAGCGUAUCCGAUUCGGAGGGGGGUAGGUUCAUUUCGGUACGCGUUCGGUACGCGUUCAGUACGAUGUACCAUAUGUUUUGGUACUAUAAUAAAACUGAAUUAAAGAUUUCAUAAAAUUAAAUAAAAACAGAUUUCAUAACAUGAUUUCAUAGCAUUAAACAAAAUAAAUAACAUUAAAAUUGUGCCAUGAUGCAUCACUCCCCCCCUUGAAGAUUCACCUUGUCCCCAAGGUGACAAUUGGGAAAUAGUGUCUGCAAUCUGCUCACAGAUUCCCAGGAGUCCUCAAAAUCCGGCAGUUCCUUCCAGUGCUUCUCUCUCUCCAGCUGCAUUCACCCUAAUUCCCAACACCUUUUCAGGGGUGGCCUGUAGCUCCCAUUCCUCAGAGAAGCAUUUAGGUAAUGGUUGGCAGGGAAUGUUAGGCGCUACCGACUUCUUCAACAAGGAAACGUGAAAGACUGGGCGUACUGCACAAUCUUCUGUAAGUCUUGAUACUUCUGCAUUGGCGGUUACAGUAACAUCCCCCCAAAUGAGGACUGGAGGUUCUUGACCAUAGAGUGCUUUGUAGGGGGUGUUCUUGAUGGAAAUAUGAUAGUUCGUGUUGUACCAGAAUUCUGCCCAUGUGCAGGUACCUGUAAGGUCUGAUAUUGGGAAUUGUUGCUCCUUCUUUGAUAUUGAUAGAGUGGUCACAGUCCCUCUUUGGAGGUAGACAUUGAGGAAUCUGGAACAGUUCAGCAUAUUCUUCUACCAUUAACGUCAAUAGAUUCUCCUGCUCUUGAUUCCCAGUAACUUCCAGAGGUUGCAGAUCACAACUGCAGUUCUCAUAACUAAAGAACAGGAAAGCUCAUCUCCCAUGUAAAAGUUCCAAAGUUGGUUUUCUUGCAGAAUUCGUAAUUCUGAGCUCUCCGGACAAAGGACCAACCUAUAAGUGAGUAGGUGAAUCAAGUGUACAAGGACCUUUUCCGUUCCAAGAGAGGCAAAUAUAAAGUCUGGAAAAUUCUCCGGGCUAACUUCACUUUCAUAUAAACUGUUAUCACCAGGUGGAAUAUCAAGGCAACCUCUUGCACUGUCAUCUGUCAUCUUUUCUUGGCGUGUCAUAUUUUCUAGUCCCCGAUUAGAAAUUAUUUCUUUAAUCAAAGCAUCUGAAGUUUUCUGAAUAUUUUUUCCUUGAAUUCAUUUACAAGAAGUACAUAAGCUAUUUAUACAGAUAGGAAUCCUGAGAGAGUCUAUUCAGCACCCUAGGUGACUGCCUAAAUACUAAACAUAAAUGAUUGAGAACUGAAAAGACAGCAACUAUUAAAUACAACCUGAAGCACUAAAGACACAUAAUUACAGUAAUAAUAAGGAAAAUAAAUCCUAGAUUAAUGAUGUCUCUUCGUUUUAUCAACACUCCCCCUCAAGCUAGGUUUGUAGAUAUCCGUCAUGCCUAGCUUGACAAUAAGACCUUGGAACCUAGGACUGUGCAGAGGUUUGGUAAACACAUCUGCAACUUGAUCUUCUGAGGGAGUGUAGCUUAGUUCGAUCAGACCUCCUUCAACCUUUUCUUUCAUAAAGUGCCUAUCAAUCUCAAUAUGCUUGGUCCGAUCAUGUUGGACUGGAUUAUGAGCUAUGUUGAUUGCUGAUUUGUUAUCACACCUCAAUUCCAUUGGUCCUUUCCACUUGAUUCGUAAAUCUAAGAGAAUAAUUCUGAUCCAUAGAAGUUCACAUAAGCCAUGGGCAAGAGCUCUUAGCUCAGAUUCAGCAGAUGAUCGUGCCACAACAUUCUGUUUUUUUGCUUCUCCAUAUCACGAGGUUUCCUGCUAUGAAAACACAGAGACCAGUAGUUGACCGGCGGUCAACGAGGGAGCCACCAUAAUCUGCAUCAGUGAAGGCUUGGACUGAUAAUUGCCCACCCUUCCUGAAUAUUAUCCCUUGCCCUGUACUUCCUUUUAGGUAGUGAAGAACCCUAUAGGCUGCUUCUAGAUGUGGUUUCCUUGGAUCAUGCAUGAACUGACUCAAAACACUAAUUGCAUAGGCAAUGUCAGGUUUAGUAUGAGAGAGAUAGAUAAGUUUGCCACACAAGCGCUGAUACAUUGAUGAAUCAACCUUGGGUUCAUCAGUAGCAAGUCCAAGCUUAUGAUUAGGAUCCAUAGGUGCAUUAACCGGUCGACAAGCACUCUUACCAGUCUCAUUUAACAAAUCUGUAAUGUACUUUUGUUGGCUGAUAAAGAUGCCUUCAGAUGAGUGAGCAACUUCAAUUCCAAGAAAGUAUUUUAGAGGGCCAAGAGACUUCAUCUCGAAUUUGGAUUUCAGCUGCCCCUCAAGACGUUGUUUCUCAACUGGAUCAUUACCCGUCACAAUGAUGUUAUCCACAUAUACUAAAAGAAUAGUGACUCCAUUUGGGCGAGAGUGUUUGUAAAAAAGAGUAUGAUCCCCUUGGCUUUGACUAUACCCAGCAGCAAGAACAACCUGUGUGAAGCGGUCAAACCAAGCACGAGGGGAUUGCUUGAGACCAUAGAGGGCUUUUUUUAAAUGACAUACAUGUGUAGAGGUUCUUGUUGAUGUUUUAGUAAAGCUUGGGGGAAUGUACAUGUAGAUCUCAUCAUGCAAGUCACCGUGGAGAAAAGCAUUCUUGACAUCAAAUUGCAAUAAAGGCCAAUCAAAGUGAGAUGCCAAGGAUAAUAGGAUACGGACAGUAUUGAGCUUAGCUACAGGAGCAAAGGUCUCUUGAUAGUCAAUUCCAUACGUCUGAGUGUAUCCUUUAGCCACAAGACGAGCUUUGUACCGCUCAAGAGAUCCAUCAGCCUUGUAUUUGACAGUAAAGAUCCACUUGCAACCAACAACAUGCCUCCCAGGAGGUUUAGUCACAAUAUCCCAAGUAUGGUUCUUUUCAAGAGCUCUAAUUUCCUCUUGCAUAACAUCCCUCCAUUCUUUCUUUCCUAAUGCCUCAGAAACAGAGUUGGGUAUGGGAAUUUCAUUAAGUCUCUGAACAAACAAGGCAUGUGAAGGAGAGAAGUUAUCAAUGGUAACAAAAUUAGCAAGAGGGUAUAGAGGUGUUUUGGUACAUUGACGUACACCCUUGCGUAAAGCAAUUGGCGGAGAUGGUGGUGGAGAAGAAGAGACAUUACCUGGGUCAGCCAAUUGGUCAUGCGUCAACAAUGGAGUAAACCUGUUUUUCCUUGAGUACACUUUUGUCACUGGUAGAGGAGAAGAUGGGUCAUGAGUGGUGGAUUUAGUAGGUGUAGGAAUGGGAUGGUCUGGUGGUGUAUUUGAUUGAGGUUCAGGUGAUGUUGAAGAUUGUUGGGAAGUAGGUGAGGUUGCUAACACAUCUAAGGAAGGUGAUGGAUGAUCAUGUGGUGGUGGUGGUGGUGAUGGGAUGUCUGGUGAUAAAGGCUUAGGAGGGUAGGAGAUUGUAUGUGGUGGAGAAGAUGUAAUAGUAUAGGUGGGCAGAGGUGAAGGAUGUGGAGUCUCUUGGGAUUACAGGGAGAGAAGUAGGAGUGUAAAAAGGUGUGUCUUCGUGAAAGGUCACAUCUGCACUGGUGUAUGUCUUUCUGGUUGUAGGAUUAUAGCACUUAUAUCCUUUCUGAGUUGGAGAAUAACCAAGAAAGAUACACUUAAUAGAUCGUGGGUCCAAUUUUCCCCUAUGAGGUGGAGGAAUAUGAACAAAUGCAGUACACCCAAACACCCUUAGAUCAAGAUCAGAAGAAAUUCUGGUUUGAGGAAAGAAGUGACGGAGAGAUUCAAGGGGUGACUUAUUUUGGAGUACCCGACUGGGAAUUUUAUUGAUGAGAUGACAUGCUGUGAGUGUGGCUUCCCCCCAAUAGUGUUUAGGCAUAUUUGAUUGAAACAAUAAAGCCCGACUGACGUCUAGGAGAUGACGAUUUUUUCUUUCUGCUGUGCCAUUCUGUUGUGGUGUGUACGAACAAGAGGACUCAUGAACAAUGCCUUUUGAGAGGAAAUAAGAGGAAACAGUUUGAUUGAAGUAUUCAAGAGCAUUAUCAGUGCGGAAGCAUUUUAUUGUGGCGGAGAACUGAUUAUGAAUCAUAUUGCAAAAGAUAGGAAUGAUGGAACUCACCUCACUCUUGUUUUUUAGCAGAAAAACCCACAUAAAACGUGUACAAUCAUUAAUAAAUGUAACAUACCACCGAGCACCAGAUAUAUUAACAAUUGGAGCAGGACCCCAGACAUCACUAUGUAUAAUAUCAAAAGGAGAACAACUGAUUGUAUUACUUCUAGAAAAAGAUACACGAGACUGUUUAGCAAGUUCACAGACAUCACAUUGAAAUGUAGAAACAUCAAUACUACUAAAAAGACUAGGAAACAUGGUUUUUAGGACAUGAAAAGAGGGAUGACCAAGACGCUUGUGGUGAAGCCAAAUAGUGUUGGUAUUGGCUCUGAUUGUGGUAAGAGCUUUUUGUGGAGGUUUGGAGACAAACAGUGCAUCAAGGUAGUACAGGCCAUCUCUUUGUUUAGCAAUUCCAAUCGUCCUCCCCGUGUGUAGAUCCUGUAAUAAACAGUGGGAAGGGAAAAAAAUGGCAGCACAAUUAAGAUCAACUGUGAGUUUAUAAAUAGAAGCAAGGUUCAUAGCCAGGUUCGGGACAUGUAGGGUGUUUUUCAGAUUUAAUUUUUCAGAAAAAACAACCGUACCAAGUCUCGCAACCUUUGUAGGUGUCCCAUCAGCAGUAGUAAUGUGUGUGGAUGUAAAACAUGGAUGAUAAUUAGAGAGUAAAGAGGGUAUGGCAGUCAUAUGAAAUGUGGCACCUGAGUCUAAUAUCCAUUGGGAUUGUGAACUCUGUUCCGAAGCAUUAAGACAAAAAAUAGUAGAGGUUUUACCUUGCAGGGCCAAAGAGCUAUGACCAGAACCAUUUGAGUUAUUAAGAGACUGUAACAUCAUACGAAUUUGCUUUAAUUCCUCCUGGGAAAUGGGCCAAAGAUUAGUAGAGCUCUCAACAAUAGUGGGAGUGACUGAGUUGGCACGUCCAGCACUAGUUCCACGUCUGUCUUGGCUUUUUCUUUCUUUCUGUAGAUGAGGAUAAAGUUUCCAGCAUGUAUCCACAUUAUGGUUGGACCGCUUGCAAUGAUCACACCAUCUUCCUCCCUUACUACCCUUAGUUUCCUUAACAUCUGAAGGAGUAGAUUUGGCAGCAAGAGCUGUACUGUCAAUCAGAUUUGUAUUCAUCAUGAUAUUGCGUCUGCUCUCUUCAUGUUUGAUAGUGGCAAUGGCAGAAGAUAUGGAAGGCAGAGGAGUAAUGCCAAGAAUUUGACCCCGAGUCUGAUCAUAUUCGGGAUUUAAACCAGACAAGAAGCAAUAUAGACUUUGCUGAUUUAUAUAGUUCUUGUGAAGAGCUGCAUCUACAGCAUUCGACCACUUCAUCGUUUGAUACUGGUCAAGUUCAGACCAUCGUCGUUGGAGGUCAGUUGCAUAAUCUGUGACAGAUUGUGAAUCUUGCUUAAGAUUCGUUGUUUUGAGCCAUAAGUCAUAGACAAAAGUGCCAUCUUUAGCAACAGAGUAGGACUGCUGUAUGAAAUCCCAGAUUUCUUUAGCCGAGUCCAUGUAUAAACAUGUACUGCUAAUGUUGGGAUCCAUAGAGUCCCAUAACCAGACCCGUAUGUUGGCAUUAGUUUUCUCCCAAAUAGCAGCAUCAAUCUCUCCUUCUUCUGGGGUAGAGACAGUGAGAUAGUCUUCAAGAUCUUUGCCACGUAGAAGAGUGUAAACCAGCUUUGACCACCGAAGAUAGUUCCUGCCAUUGAGACGGUAAGAUGGCGGGAUAGAAGGGAGAUCAAAUUUCUGGUUUCGAAGAGCAAACGCGGCUGCAGUAGCAGCUGAAACAAUGGUUGAGUGAUCAAGGUUACUUGAGGCUGAUUCGGCUUCUUUAGACGUGAUAAAACCCUUGAUGAAGAGACUCCACUGGGAGUUAAAGAGAGAGAAGGGUAGAGACACCCAAAAAAUGACCGUUGGAGAGGUGAUAGACUCAAAAAAGGCUUAGAUGAAACCAAGCUUUGAUACCAUGAAGUUUUCUGAAUAUUUUUUCCUUGAAUUCAUUUACAAGAAGUACAUAAGCUAUUUAUACAGAUAGGAAUCCUGAGAGAGUCUAUUCAGCACCCUAGGUGACUGUCUAAAUACUAAACAUAAAUGAUUGAGAACUGAAAAGACAGCCGCUAUUAAAUACAACCUGAAGCACUAAAGACACAUAAUUACAGUAAUAAUAAGGAAAAUAAAUCCUAGAUUAAUGAUGUCUCUUCGUUUUAUCAACAACAUCUUUUGGAGAUGAAUUGGAAUAUGAAUCUAUAUUUUCCAUACCUUCCGGAUCUUCUUGUGGAUAUCUCAUAGUUUGCAUAAUACCAUAACUCGUAUCUAAUUCCAUAUCUGAAGAGGUAGCUAGCUUCAACUCAGUGUUCUUUAUCAAUGAUGAAGUGCCCUGUAAUCCUUUUCUUGAAUCGACAAAUUUUAUGGCUUCUGAAAUAGAUGACACCUGUGAACACCUUAGGAGUCCAGCAACUGUGCCCACUUCCGUUCCUAUUACAGUAUAUUGCUCCUUUUCCUCUUCCGGCAUUUUCUUGAUUACUGCUUCAGUUGGCUCCAUCACGGUCUUCUUUAUUGAUUGGGGGAAAUCUUUCGCAAGUUGAUAAACUUGCAAAGUCAACAAAUCUGACAUGGAAGAAACUGGUGACUUCGAUCUGUGAUCUUCUACUUUCGACACAGUUUGCGAAUAGGAAAGAGCUGAUGGCGACUGCAACGAACUCUUGCUUUUGGAAUUCCGGCAGCGACGCACAAUCCUCGAUCUUCCUCGCCAACGAGGUUGUGGCAGCAGCAUGGUGCGCAACUCCUCCAAUCCGGUCCUCCUUUCCUUCGCCUCAUCCCUUUCUACCUUUUCUUUGCUCUUCGUAUACUUCUCCUUCGCUAUUAUUCCGCGCUCCACCUUCGCCGCGAUCUUCCCCAUUUUUCCGCGCGAAGCCUUUCGUGAGUGCGAAACAGAAGAAACAGUUCGCGAUUCUUUCUGCGAACAGGUGAGCGACGAACUCUGUUUGUCAGAUUGCCGAUGAUGCCCUGUGUUCUUCGAUCGGUGGAAGCGCUGUGUUGGGCGCUCACAUUCACGCAAGAAACUUUCCAACCUAGCGUUCGUCUCCUCCAUCUGUCGAUUCAGAUUGUCCAUUCUUUUUGCCAUUUGCGGUGUCAUGUAGAAAUCCUCCAUGAUUCCGAUUCUCCGUCUCCAGGAAGUAACGUGAUCUGAUACCAAUGUUAGAACUCUGCAAAUUCUACAAUUACUUCACAGAAAUUAUCACAAGAACUCAAAUGCACAAACUUUUAUUCACAAGGCAACAAUGGCCGAAGCCCCCAAAAGAUAAUGGCCGAAGCCCCCAAAAGAUAGAGAUACAACUCUGAUCUUCCCAAAAAUGACUAAUAGUCAAAAACAGCCCUCCCUAUCCUCUCCCAGCCUUAUUCUUUUUAUAGUAGUCCAGCUCAACCGGCUCUAGUUAUUAGCUACUACAUAAUUUUAACUAAUAGCUACUAGUCUAUUUAAUAGUCUAAUAUGUCGAUCCCUAAUAUACAACUAGGGUUUCAACAAUCAAUAAACAGAACAUACCACCUUGAACCAGUGAGAUUUUUAACUUUGGAUGGGCCCCAAACAUCACUGUGAAUGAGAUAAAAUGGUUUGGAUGGUUUGUAGGGUAGGCUGGGAUAGUGGUUUCUAGUAUGUUUAGCAAGUUGACAAAUUUCACAAUCAAAAGCAGAACUUUUUAUUAAUGAACAAUGAAGGAAUAGUUUUUCUAAGUACAAGACAUUAAGAUGAUCAAGGUGAUAAAGCCACAACUGAAUUUGAUUAUCAAAUUGACUCCUACUAAGACUCUUACUAAGACUUCCUAAGAAUUUAUGGUUUAAUUGACUCUCACUGGAAGUUGUUUUGUUGGUAGAGUUUGGUGAAUGUGGUGAAUGUUCUAGAAGAUAGAGUCCACCACUUUGCUUAGCACUGACAAUCAUCCUCUGUGAAUCCAAAUCUUGAAAUUCACAUAAUUGGGAAGAGAAUUUAGUUAGGCAAUGUGCAUCAUUGUUCAGUUUACUAACUGAUAAGAUGUUAAACUUUAAACCUGGAACAUAUAACACAUUGUUAAGCACUAUCUUAUCAGAAAUCUUCACUUUGUCAGUCCCUUUUAUUGCUGAAGUAGUUCCAUCAGCUAUCUUCACAGUUACCUUAUUCUUCAUAAGGAUUAAUUCAGCAAAAAACUUACUGUCUCCAGUCAUGUGAUCUGAUGCCCCUGAAUCAACAAUCCAAUAGGGCUGACUUUUUGCAACUAGGAUUGUUAAGACAUUACCUGUCUGAACAGUCAAGCUAGUUUGUGGUGUAGGCUCUUUGCUCUGACUUAUUAGGUGUUGAAGGACACCUCAAUCUGCUCAUUGGUCAAUGCAGCAAGAUUAGAUGUGCCCUUUUCUUCCUUAUAUGCAGUAGUUACAUAGGCUCCUUCCCUGUGCUUGAUUUGAAAUCUUUAGGUUUACCAUGCAAAAAUUCCAGCAUGUUUCUUUGGUAUGGCCUAGUUUCUUACAGUGAUCACACCAUGGCCCCCAUCUUUUUCUUGUUUUCAUUCCUGUGGAAGAGGUAUACAAUGUUAACCCUUCAAUGCUUUGCUGUUGGUCUUGAUAUUUCCCAUCAUUACCUUCUUCCUUCUCUCUUCUCUUCUGACUUUUGAGAAUGCUUUUCUAAGUGUGAGAAGAGGUUUCUUUCUCAUUAUACUGCCCCUAACCUCAUCUAGACUUUUGUCCAAGCCUAGUAGGAAUUUGAAGACUCUCUUCCUCUCACAGAUCUCUUGAUAUAGCUUCUUAUCCUUAGAACAUGACCAACUGUAUGUCUCAAACACAUCAAGAUGUUGCCAGAGUCUCACAAGGUUGUUGAAGUAUUGAGUUACAUUCAAUUCUCCCUGUUGGAGGUUAGGUAGCAUUAAUUCAACCUCAAAUAAUUCAGAAGUAUCAUCUGAGGGUGAGUAGGUUUCUAUCACAACCUCCCAAAUCUCUUGAGCUGUUUUGUAUAGUAGGAAAUCCCCCCCCCCCCCCCCCCCCCUAUACCGGUUGUCAUGGAAUUGAUGAGCCAUGACAUCACAGUAUAGUUCUCUUUCUUCCACUUCUUGUAGCCUGGAUCUCCUUGAUUCGGAGCAGGUGCAUCACCUGUCAAAUAGUCCUUGUCUUUUCCACACACAUAUAUCAUUACUGACUGGGACCAUUGUAGAUAAUUAGUGCCAUUGAGUUUAUGGCAAGUAAUAAUCGAAUAUGGUUGAUUAGGAGUGGGGACUGUGCUUCCAUUGACAUUCUGGUUGCUGCCAUCUCCAGUUGGACAGCCUCUGAAUGUUCAGAGGUGACUGAGAUAGAUCCAUCUCUCUCGGUGGUCAUCCCAUAUGAUCUGAACUUAAUUAUGUUAGUGAAUAACCUUCUAUGAUUCCAUGUAGGAAGAACUAGAUAAAGCAAUCUUAAUUUAGUUUAUUCGUACUGUCUAAUACAAGGAGAAGAUUACAAGGAAUCCUCCUAAUUAAGAUUCUUUAAGAAUAAGAGAUAUUUAGAGAUUCUGAGAUUUCUAAGAUAUCUCCUCAUAAAUACACAAUCGGGUGAAUAUUUAGAAUAAUCUACAACUCCCAAACACCCUAACAGAGAUCCAGUAUGCGAGGUGACCUGAGACUAUAUUAGAGUAAAAUCGAGAGGGAAUCUUGAUGCAUCUUGUCUUGUUGUCUUUAUCCUACAUGACAUUUGACACUACUCUUUAAGAAAAAGGGAAAAUGACUUUAAACAAUACCGUCUGUUCGCCAUAAACUAAAAAAUUCCAAUCUAUGAAAAUAUAAGUUGAUGGCCAAAUAAUUUGAAUAUGUACAGAAAACCAUAUGAGCAUGUUUUUCGGUAAGAAAUUAAGCUAAUGUGCUCACACAAACAGUCCAUAGAUGAAAAACUAACCUAACUUUGAAAUUCAGCUAUCCCGGUCAUGUCAGCACUUCCAGGUUUCUUGCCUGAAAAUAUGGUUCUACUAUUUUGCGUAUACACUGAAAUAGUUUCACUAUUGAUUUGAGAUUUCUAAAGUGAGAUUAUUUUAGUUGUCAUUGUUCUUGUUAACUCCUCCUGUUUAAUGGUUGUGCAGUACAGGCACCACACAUCCUGAUAACUGGCCUUGAAGACUACAAGGCAAGAGGAACACAAGCAUCUCCAUACUUCACUAUUUCUUACUACACAGAAUUCGCAGAAAGCAAGGAUCUAGUGCUUGUCCGGGGGGAUGUCGUCUUCACCAGCAAACUCAGUGACUCCGAAGCCAAAUGGCUCUUGGAGACAGCACACUCCUUUUAUAUGAACGAUACGAGGUACAAACUUGUUGAGACCUUUAACAAAGAAACAAGGAAGUUUGUGUUUGAGGAUGUUUUACGUGUGUUGGGAAUGCCAAUUUUGUAGUUGAAGCAAGUGUUAACCUCUCCCAUUAUCAUAAGCUGAGUUUGGGCUUCAAGAGCAUUGGAUCUUUUUGUGUAUUCACAGUUUUUCAUCGGAGAAAUUUUUGAAAUACCUUGCAGGCUGGGGGUGUAUUACCUGGAGCUUAUUUCAAAAUUAAUGUGAACUCGUGUUUUAGUUAUUAGAGAGUAACUUGUUUGGGUAAUGCUGACGAAGGGAGCACUGUAUUGUCUAUUGUCUAAUAUUGUUUGGCAUGAGUAGUGAGGUAAAUGUGCCGGAUUGGAUAUUAAUGAGCUUGAGUUCCGCUUGUGAUUUCUUUUCUGUACCACUCAAGUUCGAUCCAAAUAUUUGUAUUUCAGUUCACAUAAAAAGUACCAAACACAUACUUAAUAUAUUAAUUUAUCCUUUUUUUAAA